CAUGUUUUUAGUUUUUUUUAUGAGUACAUUAAAAUGUACAUAAUCUUUGUCAAUUGUACAAAUGGAUUAUCGUUCCUCUUACCCCCAAACACACAGGCGGGUGUUUUAGGAUACUUUUCCGUUGUUGCUUUAGGGUCAAAAAUGUCAACCCCAGCACAAAGACGGCUUCUUCGUGAUUUGAAACGCCUACAGUCUGACCCACCUCCUGGUAUUUGUGGUUCUCCUGUUGAAGACAAUGUUAUGAUUUGGAAUGCCGUUAUCUUUGGACCAGACGAUACUGCUUUUGAAGAUGGAACAUUCAAGCUUCGUUUAGAAUUCACAGAAGAUUAUCCUAAUAAGCCUCCAAGAGUUGUAUUCACGUCCAAAAUGUUUCAUCCGAACGUGUAUGCUGAUGGUAGCAUAUGUCUAGACAUUCUUUCCAAUGCUUGGAGUCCCACUUAUGAUGUACUAGCCAUAUUAACAUCUAUUCAGUCUCUUUUGGAUGAGCCGAAUCCUAACUCUCCAGCUAACAGUAUGGCAGCUCAACUUUAUGUGGAAAAUAGACGCGAAUAUGAGAAACGCGUUCGUGCUUGUGUUGAGGAAAGCUGGUACGAAGAAGAUGUGUGAAGUUAAAGGUUGAAUAGUAAUGACCACAGUAACUCGUUCUUGUACAUAACUAUUUUUUUGUACAAUUUUAACUGGCAUUUAGUCUCGCGUUUCCAUAAUUUCAUUUCUUGUGGUUGGAUGCGCCUUGAGAAACUUAUUAUUUCACUUAAAUGUAAUUUCCUUGCCUGUGAUUUAGAGACUCAUCCGCUUGUGUUAAAGUCGAGUCAAUAAAAUUUGUUCAGC